UUAUAAUAACACAAAAAAAAAAAAAAAAAUACAAACUAAAACACUUUUUUGAAAUCAUGCUUGAGAAGAGCGUUAUGUCCGAAAUGACAAUUGCAUCUGCGAGGAUGCGUUCUUCGCGUUUUGUACGGCGAAGCUUACCCACCGGCCAUGGAUCAAGUAAUCGGUCCUUGCGCUCAACAGAUAAUCCCAAAUUCGAUGUACCCACGGUUGACACGCGGACUCGUUAUGACAGUAUGUAUAUUCGCCACCCAGAAGAUAGACAAUAUAUACAGCCAUACGAUUGGUCGGACGACAAGCCACGCAAAUCGAAAAUACCACUAAUAAUACACGCACAGCCAAGUUAUACCAAUUUCAGAGUGCCUUUUCCGAUGGUUUGUAAGGAGCGCUAUAACAAUUCCAUCAAAAAAUACGAAAAACAGUUCGGUCAUGAGAUCAGAAGUCAAAUCGAUAAUCAGCCAACGGCUCGUGAGGCCACCUAUUUAGUACGUAUUGUGGCUUAUACUACUUUAUGGCCGCCAUAUCACAAUGAAAGUGAACUGAAUCAUACGAGCCACAAUUUCUAUCGCUUGACGCCGCGGGAGAACGCACGCUUUCAGUACAUCAUGACACAUGAUUUUUCAUAGAACUGAAAAAUUGACUGAUUUGUCUGUUAGGAACUGAAUGUAACGACAACAAAAUAAGAUCUAUGUAAAUAGUUGCCGUGUAAUCUGAUAAACAGAAUAAAACAAUCAGUUUAAGCA